AAAGAUUGUCUUCGGAGCCUCCGCACUGUUGAUUUUUAUGCACGCCCAAGUACCGUUUUCAACGCCGGCUCUUUCACUGGUCACUGCAUAUUGCAGUCGAUAAGAAAGACAUAAAGAUGGUGCAAUUGCUUGUUCAAAAGGGGGCUGAUGUAAGCCGCUCUAAAGGCUACUACUCGUAUGGAGGAACUGCGUUACAUAGUGCUGCGACAGCGGGAGAUAAAGAAAUAGUGGCAAUACUACUAAACAGCGGCGGGAAAAAUGUACUGAGAACUAGGGACCGAUAUGGGUUGCGUCCGGCUGAUUGCGCCAGGGAGAAUGGGCAUAUGGAGAUUGAGCAGAUGCUUCUUCCGGAAGAAGAAGAAGAAGAAGAUGAUGAUGAUGAUGAUGAUGAUUAUGAUUAUGAUGAUGAUGAAGGCGAGGGUGAAGCAUAUGUGUAAAACCCAGUGUAUUUACAGAUAUCUCUUCCAAGGUUGUCUACAUAGGCAUUUAAUAAAUCACUCUCACUAUCAUGAUCCCACAUUAGUUAGCCCCUUUUGCAGUAGACACCAAUGCUAGCAGAUCCAUCUAAGACUCUACACUCAGGUAA